GUAUAUGACCAGACCGGCUAACAUCGCCUUUAGGGGUUGGUAUUGAUGGAGAUCUAGCAUUUCAUUAAGACAUCGCAGGUUUGAUACUGGCGAUAUUGUGAACUGGGUUUCACUCCUCUCUCUUUUCCUUCUCAAACAGUUGUCGCUGAACUUGUAUGUCUUCCUAUCUAUCAACAAUGCGCUAUCUGCUCAUUUCAGUUCCUACCCAACAGAGGCAUUGAUUGCUAUUUCAGCCUUCUGUCGCCCUCGUUCUUGCCAAACUGGACUCGUGAAUUCCAAGCUGCUACAUCUUUGCUCUCUGCUUGCAGUCUGUUUGAUAUUCACUGUUUGGAGUCUCAGUUCUAUCCAUCUUCCUUCAACUUUCAUUCAUUCUUUUCUCGACACUCGAGUCGAGCUGGAUAUUCUAUUUCUACACGUCCUCGGAAAUACCGAAGACAAACCCAUUCAAUUGAUCCAAUCGUUCGAUCUUCGCGUCACAUUCGAUCACGAUGCACACUGGACCAGGCUUUGGACCCGGCUCAAUCGGGGAAGACCCUCAACGAAAGGGCUCUGUUCGACGAGCGAGGGAAAUGAUGCAGUCCGGCAGACGCCCCCCAGAAAUCAUCAUCCCCGACCCGAAUAGCUUCCCCGAAGUGCCUAGCUUGAAUCUACCUAGCCCAUCAAGUUCCCAUGUAACCCAAUGGCCGUUGCCAGAUGACAGCCCUUUGCAAACCCACGGAAGACGUUUCGUUCCCAAAGGACCUCCACCUCAACGACCACCUCGCCCCGACGCUCCAUCUCCAUCAGUUUAUUCGGAAAGAAGUGCCCCUGGUGCUGCACCCAGCCCACUCCAUAUUAGGCGGCCGUUCCCAUCAUUUUCGCAGCCUUUACAAUACCAGCAACCACCACGCCGUAUUAUCGAGGACCCUCCCCCUUACUAUAGCCCCUCGAGUCCUCCGGGCCUAACCCCACGUGUUUCCGUUACUACUGAAGAACUAUUCAGACAGUCUGCCGCUUCAUCUGUUGGCUCUAUGCCUUCGAUUCCCGAUUUUCCUUUCCCUAUUCAACAUGGUGCAACUCAAAACUACCCACUGAGAAAGGUUGCCGGUCUUGCUCCGCCAUCCGUUAACGGGCAAUCUUCCAACCGCAGGUCUUCUGUCUCUCCAAUCCCAGAAGAAUUAUCCGAAAGCCCUACCCUUUUGAAAGGAUCAUAUGCGUCCAGCAGAGUGAUUCCAUCCUGGGGCUCUGCACCGGCUGAGUCGGAAAUUUUUGGAGCUUACCUGGAUGUCGAUUCCGAUGAUAGCCAAGAACCUAGGCGGUCCAUCCAUGAGGACAAUUCCGCUCUUGUUAGGCAGGCCAGCGUUGGAACCAGGGGCAAGCCGUCUUUGCGUACAAUUUCAAAGCCUAAUGUUUUAUCCCCAGAGCCCCCACCGGAGGAACGGGCUAUGAACACCAGAGCAGCUAUGGCUGGAAGCGUGCUUCCCGCGCAUGUCGUGAGUCAAGCUCCAAGUGGUCAGACUCAGGAAACCCAGGGACCAAGGUAUUCAUUUGACACAUCGUCGGCUGAAUCGUGUGAACAUGACUUUGAAAAGGCACCGAUAUUUUUAGAUACCCGACAGUCACACCCUAUAUUCAAUACUCCCGCCUAUGGAAAUGAUCUGGGAGGAUUGCCCAGAGCUGCGCCCACGAUGAGUGAUAGAAGACCAGGAGGACGGAGGCCACCUCGCCUGGAUAUGAAUGCUGUUCGUGACGCCGAAGCUCGAGGCAGCCUCACUAGCUUGCCUGAUUUGAUCCGACGGGCCACGAAGCUCGCAACAAAUCUGGAACACGGCAGAACGGCAAGUAGGAAUGACCUUCUUAACGGUGGCAAAGACCCAAAAGGUCCAUUCGGUCAUCGUCCUCGCAAUUCUGGGUCGCUCCACGACAUCAUAUCAUCUUUCCCUCCCCCGAGACCGAGAUCCACACAGGGACAUUCAUCCUGGCCCAUUUUCUUCAGGAGGUCCACGCUACAGAAUAUAGUAUCCAAUGAGUCUAAUAAUGCACAUGGGGAAAAGCCUGAGCGCCGUCAGCGACGUUGCUGUGGAAUGCCCCUAUGGUUGUUCAUAGUUGUCUGCGUUGUGAUAAUUAUAAUCAUCGCAGCAGCCGUUCUCAUACCCAUCUUUCUUAUCGUGGUUCCUCGGGAGAACGCAAGUGACCUGUCAACAUGCGAAAAGACAACGCCAUGCAAGAAUGGCGGUGUCAGCGUCUCGAGUGGCGAUAUCUGCUCUUGUGUCUGUACCAAUGGAUACACUGGCUCGCAAUGCGCAACCGCCGGUGAUGCUGGCUGCAUCACUACGCAAAUAAACCAUGGCUCAACAUCCGAGCAGGCUACUAUGGGUAGUGAGCUUCCACGCUUAUUCGAAGACUCACAGAACAACUUCAGCAUUCCACUUGACUCGGUCACCAUCAUGGCGCUAUUUAGCCAGAAUAACGUUUCAUGCACAAGUGAAAAUGCGCUUGUAUCGUUUAAAGGCGUUUCCAGCAGCAACAAACGCCGCUUUUUCCCCAUCGCACUACCAGCCGAGCAAUCGACUCUGGAUCAAGCAACUUCAACUUCCACUUUAGAAGCCCCCGCACAGACUCUCGCUGCUCGAGGCUCUAUGGGUAUCGAGAACGGCAUUGUGUUUGACAACUCAGAAACAACGAGCGUCCCUACAGCGGCCGCAACCACAUCCGCAACGAAAACCACGCAGACAUCCACAUCCACGUUUACACCCACGCCCACUUCUACAUCUACGGCUGUCUCCACUAAAGUACUCGACUUCUCGCGCAUCGUCGUCCUCUACAUCUUCGAGAAGACCGGCUCACUGGACGCAGCCCUGCAGGCAGAAGGGAUCGUCCAGACCUACCUGACAGGGUCGUAUUCAAGCUCCAACUCAGGGGAAUAUACCCUAAACCUCAGCCGCUCUGGGGUAGAUGGCGACUUUGUUUUGGAUUUUAACAAGUUUACAAUUACCAUGUCUAAUGGGACUGCAGUAGGUGGGAACUAAGGGGAGGAAGUAAAGUAAUAAUUGUCCGAUUUUUUUGUCAUUUUAUUAAUCUUCUAUUUGUGAGGGGUUUUUCUGGAUGUGCUUUAUUUUCAUUAUAUCCUUAUCCUUGUUUUAUAUAAAAUGAUUCUGGGUUUUGGGUGUGCUUCUUUUCAUCUCUUUUUGGCUGGUUAUUCAGAUUCCCCAUUCCUACUCCUGUAUCUAUUUCGAUUUUGCAUUGCUAUCAAAUGUAUCAUUUGA